AAAGAGCACAGUCUUCUAGCAGAGUUCAGUUCGAGUUGAAGAUUAGCUGCUGGUUACAAUGGCCACCAGGCACCUGAGUCUGCUGAUUACCCUGCUUGUCGUUUGGGAUUCGGUUCCCGCCAGCCACUCUGUGAUUCAGAUCAGUCCGGCAAUUUUAAAGCAAGUCAGAAAACUGCAUACAAGAUGCGUUAAUCAGACCGGAGCAGACGAUGAAAUGCUGCAACAGGCUACAAGGGAUAGGGUUAUGCUGCACGAUCCGGCCUUUAAGUGCUUCUUGCACUGCAUGUUCGACAUGUUCGGAUUGAUGGACUCGCAAAACGUUGUGCAUCUAGAGUCGUUAAACGAAGUCUUGCCGGAAGAAGUUCAUAGUAAAAUAAACGAUCUAGUCAACAAAUGUGGCACUCAGCAGGGAAAGGAUGGCUGUGAAACCGCCUAUGAAACUGUAAAGUGCUAUCUGGUGGUUAAUAAACCAUUCAUAAUGGACGAGGUAAUUGCCAUGAUUGGAUAACAUCAACCUACCUGAACACAUCCCGAUCCACGAUUCCCAGAAGCAACAAGCAGCGCAGGAUUCGCAGCGCCUCGAUCUGAACGCGAACCAUCCGUGCCUGCCAACGAGGUUCAGUUUAAUGGCAUUCGACAAUUAUAAGAAAAACAAUAAAACCUUGGUAUCCUGAAGGAACAAAUACA